AAAAAAAAAAGAAAUCCACUGUUUGUUGAUCAAAAAAUCAAAAUUAUUUUAUUUGUGAAAUAUCUAAUAUAAAUUUUGUUAAUAAAAAUGGAAAAUAAUGCACCUAUAGUAAAAAGUACUAUUUAUAUGGGAAAGAAAUAUGUUCCUAUAACUGAUGGAUGUAAGGCUUAUUUUCAUUUCCAAACAUGGAAAUUGGGGAAGAAGAGAGUUCUCUUAGAUGAUAGUAAGAGAAUUGGGAAGAAAGAGCCAAUGGUAUUAGUAAUUGGUCACAAAUUCAAACUAGAAGUAUGGGAGACAAUCAUCAAAAUGAUGGCUAUUGGGGAAGUUGCUAGCUUCCAAGUAAAAAAAGAGAUGGUCUUCAGUUACCCCUUUGUAUCAAAAACAUUGCGUGAACUUGGACAGGAAACUGGCAAAGUAAAACACUCGUGCACAAUGACACUUCAAACCGAAGGCAUUGGCUAUGCAGACCUGGAUGAUUUGAUGAACAAUCCAUGUGACUUGGAAUUUGUUAUUGAACUUCUAAAAGUAGAAAGUGAAGAAGAUUAUGAGAAGGACAUUUGGCAGCUUAAUGAAAAAGAAAGAUUAGAUUUUGUCCCCACCCUAAAGGAAAGGGGCAACAAAUUAUUCAAAGAAAAGAAUUAUGCUGAAGCUGAGGAAUGUUACAAAAAAGCAAUUGGUAUUUGUGAACAGUUGUUGCUCAGGGAAAGAAAAGGAGACGAGGAGUGGAAAAACUUGAAUACUAUUAAAAUGCCCAUAUUGCUCAACUACACACAAUGUAAACUGCUAAAUGAAGAUUAUUAUGCUGUCAUUGAACAUUGUAAUACAGUGCUACAGUUUGAUCCUGAUAAUGAAAAAGCUUUAUACCGACGUGCAAAAGCUCACACUGGAGCAUGGAAUCCUGACCAAGCCGAAGAAGACUACAGAAAGCUGAAGACGUUGAACCCAUCCAUGGCUGCCACCAUAGACAAAGAAUUAGAAAGAAUCAAAACAAUGCGACGGCAAAAAACAGAGCAAGACAAAAAUGCCCUUAAAAAUUUGUUUGCAAGCAAUAGCAGCAUAUAGAGCCCUGAAACCUGUUUAGUAGUGUCCAGUGCAAUACCAAAGUUUUAAGUUACCACAAAGUUUUAUUGUAGGUAGUUCAAUGCUAUUUUGUUAUUUCUGAAUAUCUGCAUUAUACUUUUUUGGCAGAUACUCAGAGCAUUGUGUAGAUUAUACUUGAAUAGUGUACUUAUUAUUUAUUAAGUAGGUAAUUUUACCUAAAUAAAAUAAUUAACUAUUUUAAA